GUGAGCCCGAAUCCCCGCGAUCGGGCCCCAUAAGGCAGAGUGCAGUCCGGCGAGACUUAAGCGGAUGCGCUGGGGGCGCUUGGCUGGCUAGUGAAAGCAAAGUAAGCUUUGAAAAUACAGCUGAGAUGUAUGAAAGUGCAGGGAGGACGUUGGCAAAGGCGGAAGGUAAAGAGACCUGAUUAGAGUGCAGGAUCUUGGAAAUUAUUUCUGGAACAUUGAUUUUAUUAACUUGGAAGGAAGGACUGUGAUCUGGCAAGAGUUCACCCAAUGUACCAUAUCCAUGCAGUUUGGCACAAGAUGGGGAUGGAUGUCAAAUACCUCAAGGAAUGCAUAGGAAGAUGUUUGGCUGAGGGACUUGCAGAAGCAGCGGACCGUCGGCCUGUGGACCCAAUAGAUUUCCUGGCACACUUUAUUUACAACUACAGGAACAGAUUAAAUGAAGAAGAAAAGAGGAGGAUAGAGAGGGCCGAGCUGGAACGUGAGCAUGAAGAAGCCCUUGCAGAAGCAAAGAGGAUAGAAAAGCUGAAAGCAGAAGAGCUCCUGGUUGCCAAGAAAUUUGAAAAACAGCAGCAGAUCAUAAAAGAGCAGCAAUCCAAGAAGACAAUUGCAAAGUUAUCUGAGAAGGAUGAAGCACCAAUUCUGCAGAGUAUCGAAGAAACUGACAAAAAUCAUAUAGAUGAAAAGAGAACAGAACAGAAGGAUGCGAGGAUUCCAGAAGAACAUGAAACUACUGCUGAGUCAAAGAAAGAAACCUUAGAAGACAAAAUGGAACAAGGUUACAUCAGUGCUGUAAAGGCUGAAUUAGGUGAGACACCUGGUGAGCAGAAUACCAGCACAACUCUCCAGGAGGCCUUGACAGAGAUAACCAUGGAUGAAGAUUUUAAUCGGAUUCCGCAGGAGACGAUGGACGACAGAGGUGAAAGCCAGUUGGAACAUGAUGGAGUAAAUCAGAAUGAACAUGAUACACAAACAGAAGAUGACACGGAAGAUGAAGAGGACACUCCAGAUGAGGAAUCCAAAUCCAGUCAAGAUCUGAAUUUGGAGUAACAGUGCAAUCCUAACCAUGUUUACUCAGAAUCAAGUCCCACUGAGUUCAGCAGGACUUUCUCACAAGAUGUUGUGAAUAGGACUGUGACCAAAAAUGAAAGCAGCAGCUUCUGAGUUGCUUUAGAUUCUUCCCUUUCUCUAACUUGCAGUGUUCUGGGGUGGAUGAUCAAGGUGUUUCUACUACAGUUGUUGAUUUCAGUAGAACUAAACCACAAGAGUUCUUUUAACCUUGACAUUUUCAUAUUAGGGAAAAGGUCACGCAAAUAAAGGUCUAGAUUUGUCAGUUUUCAUGACACUUUUUCAAGACUUUGUUACUGUUGAGAUGUGCAUGAUAGACUUACUCAGCUACUGUGCUUCUUAAAAACUCAUAUGGCGGCUGUCACAUAUCUUUGUGUCUCCACUAACUACCAGAUGGUGUCGCCAUAGCUUUGGAAACCAGGAUAUGAAUCAUUGUGGUCUUUUAUCUCAUUCACUGUUAAAUUAGAAAGUUGAAGCUAGAA